AUGGCGGAACAGGCGCCCAUCUCCACUGUCUAUGUGCAGAACCUCGAGGAGCGCGUCAAGCCCGAGCCGCUGACCGACGCGCUGCGCACCGUCUUCUCCGAGUUUGGCCGCGUCGUCGACGUCGUCGCCAAGACGAACCUGAAAGCCAAGGGCCAGGCGUUUGUCGUGUUUGACGCGCCGGCGAGCGCGCGCGAGGCCGUGGAGGAGAUUGAUGGCUUUCCGCUGUUUGACAAGCCGAUGCGUCUGGCCGUGGCGCGGACGCGCAGCGACAAGACGGUCGAGAUGAAUGGCUCGGCGGAGGAGCUGGAGGCGCACAAGCAGCACCGGCUGGCGGAAAAGGAAAAGAAAAAGGCCAUCGAGGCCGCCGAGGGCACGAAACAUGGCGGAAAGCGCGGCGCCGGCGCCGGUGCGGACGGGCGGCCGAGCAAGAUUGCCAAGCCCUCGGGCCUCAAGUCGACGUCGGUUGCGCAGGCGGCCGUCAUCCCGGACGAGUACCUGCCGCCCAACAAGAUUUUGUUCUUGCAAAACGUGCCCGACGAGUACCACGACGUCGAGGCGCUGGCAGGCAUCUUUGGCCGCUUCGACGGCUUCCGCGAGGUGCGCCUGGUACCGGGCCGCCGCGGCAUCGCGUUUGUCGAGUACGACGCCGAGCAGGGCGCCGUCGCGGCCAAGGAGAGCACGGCGGGCAUGACGCUGGGCGACAAGAACAUCAAGGUCACGUACCAGAGGCAAUAG